AUGUCCUACCCGCAGGGCUACUUGUACCAGCCGUCCGCCUCGCUGGCGCUCUACUCUUGCCCGGCGUACAGCACCAGCGUCAUCUCGGGGCCCCGCACGGAUGAGCUCGGCCGCUCGUCGUCGGGCUCCGCGUUCUCGCCCUACGCCGGCUCCACCGCCUUCACGGCGCCCUCGCCGGGCUACAACUCGCACCUCCAGUACGGUGCCGAUCCCGCGGCGGCAGCCGCCGCCGCCUUCUCUUCGUACGUGGGCUCUCCCUACGACCAUACACCGGGCAUGGCAGGUUCCUUGGGGUACCACCCGUACGCGGCGCCCCUGGGCUCGUACCCGUACGGGGACCCCGCGUACCGGAAGAACGCCACGCGAGACGCCACCGCUACGCUCAAGGCCUGGCUCAACGAGCACCGCAAGAACCCCUACCCCACCAAGGGCGAGAAGAUCAUGCUGGCCAUCAUCACCAAGAUGACCCUCACCCAGGUGUCCACCUGGUUCGCCAACGCGCGCCGGCGCCUCAAGAAGGAGAACAAGAUGACGUGGACGCCACGGAACCGCAGCGAGGACGAGGAGGAGGAGGAGAACAUUGAUCUGGAGAAGAACGACGAGGAUGAGCCCCAGAAGGCCGAGGACAAGGGCGACCCCGAGGGCCCCGAAGCAGGAGGAGCAGAGCAAAAGGCGGUUUCGGGCUGUGAACGGCUGCAGGGGCCGCCCACCCCUGCCGGCAAGGAGACCGAGGGCAGCCUCAGCGACUCGGAUUUUAAGGAGCCGCCAUCCGAGGGCCGCCUCGACGCGCUGCCCGGGCCCCCCCGCGCCGGCGGGCUCUCCCCGGCCGGGCCCGCGGCAGCGCGGCUGGCCGAGGACCCAGCCCCUCAUUACCCCUCCGGCGCGCCGGCUCCGGGCCCGCACCCAGCCGCGGGAGAGCUGCCCCCCGGUCCCGGAGGGUCCUCGGUCAUACACUCGCCGCCACCGCCGCCGCCGCAGGCGGUGCUCGCCAAGCCCAAACUGUGGUCUCUGGCGGAGAUCGCCACAUCCUCGGACAAGGUCAAGGACGGGGGCGGCGGGAGCGAGGGCUCUCCGUGCCCACCGUGCCCCGGGCCCGUAGCUGGGCAAGCCCUAGGAGGCAGCCGCGCCUCGCCAGCCCCGGCGCCAUCGCGCUCGCCCUCGGCGCAGUGUCCCUUCCCAGGCGGGACGGUGUUGUCCCGGCCUCUCUACUACACGGCGCCCUUCUAUCCUGGCUACACGAACUAUGGCUCCUUCGGACACCUUCACGGCCACCCGGGGCCCGGGCCAGGCCCCACCACGGGUCCGGGCUCGCAUUUCAAUGGAUUAAACCAGACCGUGUUGAAUCGAGCGGACGCUUUGGCUAAAGACCCGAAAAUGUUGCGGAGCCAGUCCCAGCUAGACCUGUGCAAAGACUCUCCCUAUGAAUUGAAGAAAGAUGGUGGAGCCUCUAUCAUCCUGGGUCCCAGGCUGAGGACAACAUGAAGUGGAGACCCCUGCUGACCCUCGAUGGAUACGCACCGUGAG